AUGAAUAACGCAAAAAGUGCUGUGCAGACGCUUUUAAAGCCCGAACGUUUUCCUCUGAUUUUGUAUAAACGAAUUCUUAGGUUACAUUAUGGUCUUCCAAAAGAAAUGCGUUAUUUGGGCGAUCAGUACGUGAAAGAUGAAUUUAGAAGACAUAAAAAUGCCAGCCCAGAACAGAGUCUUGUGUUUUUGAAGGAGUGGACCGAUUACUGUACCACACUUUCUAAACAACUGUCUCAAAAAGGAAUAGCGAAAGGAGUAAUUGGGACAAAUUUAAACCCGUCGUUGUUGGAUAGCUUUACAGAUGAACAGCUUUUCCAGUUGCUAGAGUUGAAAAAGGAAGCAGAAAAACCAAAAAGAAAUUCUUCUUCUAGCUGA